AUGGCUCAUAAAGAUGUUCGUUUCUUGAAAUUACGUCAACAGGUAAAAGACUGCCUUUCACAAGAUAAUAAAAUUUUAACUGGAGAAUUGACAUACUUUAUAAAUAAAAAAGAUUCAAAAUAUAAAACAUUAUUCAAGGACAAUCAUUUUGAACGACUAUUACAUAGUAAUGAUCCAUCACAAGAAUUCAUAAGUAUUCUUGACGAAUUGGAGUUAUUCACAUCAUACAUAUCUUAUGGCGAAAACACAUUUCUGUUUGAUUUUAUAACUCAAUCAAAUUUAUGGCCAAAAUUUGAUGUAUUGGUACUGUUAGAAGAUUUCUAUAACAAAUUUGAUUGUGCAAGAUCGUUUCUCAGUAGAGAGUUACGUAUACGAUCGGAAAUUCCCGAUUUUUUUGGUUCUCUUGUUAAUAUGGAUGAGUUUUAUGAAUUAAAUCCAACAAGGGAAUCUUCCUGUCUACUAUGGGAAAAACUAUUAAAACAGGCAAGAGUCAACUUUUUUCAAGAAAAUAAGCGCGAUAUGAAAGUUGAAGAUUUAAUCAAAGAGUUGCGCGCAGCAGGAUUAAAUAAAAUGGCUACCGAUUUAGAGAGAAAAGUUCGCGAGGAAGGACAUUGCAGUUGA